ACAAGGACAUUGCACUAUGUGAUAUGCCUUGAAGCCAUAUUGGAAUGGUCUCCAUCUACAUUGUCCUACAACCAGUUUUCUUUGGACACAUAUGUCCUCCAACUUGAUCCUCUUCCCCACCUUUUUUUUUCAUUUUCACCCUCCUAAUUUCCACCUUUUCUCCACCGUUUCCCAUAAUUCUCGCCGGCGAUCUCUCUCCGAUCUUCAAUCUUAGCCCCCAUAUCACUAAACCCUUCAAUAUCUUCUCCUAUUUUUCUGUACAAAUCGCAUAAAAAGAUGCACACCAAGUGUUCGAUGAAAUGAAAGCUCUUAUCUUUUUGUCGAUUUCUGGUAAGUUGGAUGUUUUCAAGGGUUUUCCUAUGUGGGUUUUGUUGUAGACUUCUUGGAUUUGAUGUCGUACUGGUUUUUGAUCUCUAGGGAUGUAGGAAAGUGUUUUAGGUAACUGAAUUUUCAGUUUCUAAUAGUAGAAGGUGUGAGGCUUGAAUUAAGUGAAUCUUGAUUGCAAGUUUGUAACUUUAGUUCAAGAUUUGAUGAUUUAGGGGUUGUUUUAGGGAAAUUGAGAAUCUUUUUUAAGUGGGGUUGAAAAUUUCUCAAGAAAGAUUCCUUUUUAGGUUAUGGUUUAACCGAUCAGAUCGUAUAUAUGCUUCUAUGGAGUUGAUGUUAAGGUAGUGAAAUCUGGAGAAUUGAGUGCUUUUAGAGGUCUUGAUUGUGUGGACUUUGAUAAAUGGAGGCUAGAUUUGGGGGGAAUCCUCAUCAUUACUAUGGUCCGGUGGUGCCGGAAUUGAAGGCGGGUGGGAAGAGAAAUCUGGAAUGGGAUUUGAAUGAUUGGAAGUGGGACGGUGAUCUGUUCACCGCCAGCCAGAUAAGUGCGAUUCCGGCGGAUUGCCGGAGUAGACAACUGUUUCCGGUGACGUCUGGUGUUGAGGCGGUUACUGUCGUGUCGAAUAGUUCUUCGUCUUGCUCUGAUGAAGGGAAAAAAGAAUUGGAAAAAAGAAGACGCGUUGUGGUUCUUGAUGAAGAAGAUGAAGUUGGGGGUCUUAACUUGAAUCUUGGAGGGCAAGUGUACCCGAUACCCGAAGAUGAGUUAGAAAGAUGGGAGGGUAAAAACGGGAAGAAAUCUAAAGUGGGUGGGGGUACGUCUAGCCGGGCCGUUUGCCAGGUGGACGAUUGUCAAGCGGAUCUCACGGGUGCAAAAGAUUAUCAUAGAAGACACAAGGUUUGUAGUUUGCAUUCAAAGGCCGCCAAAGCAUUGGUAGGGAAUGUGAUGCAAAGGUUUUGUCAACAGUGCAGCAGGUUUCAUAGUCUCGAAGAGUUUGAUGAAGGAAAAAGAAGCUGUCGAAGGCGUUUAGCCGGACAUAAUCGAAGGAGAAGAAAGACACAUCCAGAAACCCCGACAAAUGGGGUAUCACUAAACGAUGAACGCAGCUGCAGUUAUUUGCUUGUUAGUCUUUUGAGGAUACUCUCCAAUGUACAAUCUAAUAAUACCUCAGGUUCAGAGCAGAGCAAAGAUCAAGAUCUGCUUGCUCAUCUUUUGAGAAACCUUGCAAGUUUUGCUGGUACGGUUAACGAUAAAAACACGUCCGGAUCCCAAUGUUUGCAGGAUGCCGGAACAUCCUUUGCAACUCCCGAGAAGGAGCAUCCGCAGCCUGUGAGUCAAACCGUGAAUCUUUCGGGAUCUGAAAUGUUGCAUAGAGGAAGUGUACAAACUCCAGCUCCUAGCGAAAUCACUUUUCCGUCAAAUAACAAAACUCCCAAUGAAGGCGGAAAGACGAAAUUAAACAAUAUUGACUUGAACAUGGUUUAUGAUGGUUCUCAAGAUUGUAGCUUUGAGAACCCUGAAAAUACCGACAAUUUGCCUUUAUGGUUACGCCACCAGCCUAACAAGUCAAGUCCUCCUCAUACAAGUGGGAACUCGGCUUCAACAGCAACACAGUCGCCAUCUAGUUCUAGUGGGGAAGCACAGAGUCGUACAGACCGAAUCGUAUUCAAGCUAUUUGGAAAAGAUCCUAGUGAGUUGCCUCUUGCCCUUCGAAACCAGAUCCUUGACUGGUUAGUACACAGUCCUACCGAUAUUGAAGGUUACAUUCGUCCCGGAUGCAUCAUAUUAGCCGUAUAUCUUCGAAUGGAGAAUUCCUCCUGGGAUGAGCUUUGCUAUGAUUUGAGCAGCCAUAUGAGGAAGCUUUUGGAUGCAUCAAGUAAUUCUUUUUGGAGAACAGGAUGGAUUUAUACUAGGGUUCUUGAUCAUGUGGCAUUUUCUUGCGAUGGCCAGGUUAUUUUGAACACAUCUUUGCCUCAUUAUAAAGGCCACAGAAACUCGAGCAUCUUGAACAUCUCGCCUAUAGCGGUUUCUGUGUCGGAGACAGCUCGAUUUUCUAUCAAGGGAAUUAACAUUCCAUGGUCAACCUCAAGGAUGAUGUGUGUACUGGAAGGAAGUUAUCUUGUUCAGACAAAUUGUUCCGAGUUAAUGGAGGCAACCGAUUCGUAUAUCAAGCAUGAAGACAUCCGGUCCUUUAACUUCUCUUGCUCUAUUCCUAAUAUUUCUGGCAGAGGAUUCAUUGAGAUUGAGGAUGAUAGCCUCAGCAGCAACUUCUUUCCGUUUAUAGUUGCAGAACAAGAUGUUUGUUCGGAAAUCUGUAUGCUCGAGAACGAUUUAGCCAUAACAUCCGAUCACACAGAAAAAGAGAAAAAGGAAGUAGAAGCAAGAACACGUGCAUUGGAGUUCGUAAACGAAAUGGGCUGGCUUCUUCACAGAAGUCAACUGAAAGUCAGAUUGACUUGUAUGGAUCCCAAUUCGGAUCUUUUUUCGUUUAAACGGUUCAAGUGGCUCAUAGAGUUCUCCGUUGACCAUGAUUGGCGCGCUGUGGUCAAGAAACUUUUGGCCAUUAUCUUUAGUGGGACCGUAGACUCGGCAGAUUAUGCUUCGGUUGAAGUUGCGUUGGUGGAAACGGGCUUACUCCACCGAGCUGUGAGGCGAAACUCUAGCUCCAUGGUUGAAUUGCUGUUGAAUUACGGUCAAGAAAAUGGAACCACACCUGGUUUGUUUAGACCAGAUGCUGUAGGGCCUGGCGGGUUGACUCCUCUUCAUAUCGCAUCUGGUAAAGAUGGUUCCGAGAGCGUGUUGGAUGCAUUAACUAAUGAUCCUCAACUGGUGGGACUUGACGCAUGGAGAAACUCUCGUGACAGUAGCGGUUUGACCCCGUAUGACUAUGCAUCGCUAAGAGGCCACUAUAACUACAUUCAUCUAGUUCAAAGAAAGAUCAACAGAAAGAAGGGUCAUGUGGUCGUUGACAUGCCGCCGCCUCACAAAGUGAGUGGAUUCGAGACCGAAAAAGCUGUUGUGGUAAGGCCAGUGGUUGUGCAGAAAUCCUGCAACCAAUGUGAGCGGAAGCUGGCGUAUUAUGGUGGUGGGCGGUCGUCACUGGCGAUUUAUAAGCCGGCAAUGCUGUCGAUGGUGGCAAUCGCUGCGGUUUGUGUGUGUGUGGCUUUGCUGUUCAAGAGUUCACCUCAGGUUAUGUAUGUGUUCCAGCCCUUUAUCUGGGAAAGACUCAAGUAUGGAGCAAGCUAAGCUAAAGUGAGGUUUAGGGUGUCUUUUUGAUUUUCUUUUUUUUUUCUUUUUUUUUGGAUAUAAUUUAUUAAAGAGAUGGUUAUGAUCUAUCUAUAUAUUAUAUUCUGACUGGAUGGAUAUAUCUUAAUGUUUAUUGUUUAAUGUAUAAUGUAUAUGUGUGUGUCGGUAUUGGUAAUA